GCUACUAAAUCUCUCAGGAAUGUUAAUUUUAGUAUGAUUGCCAUGGACUUUUACGAUCUGUUUGUGUUACGCUUUUAGUUGGACAACUCUAAGUGGUUGUCUUCGUUUGAGUUUACAUAAGCCGACGUAAUCUAUAGGCCCCACAAUGAAACGCGGUGUACAAGGGAACACGAGUAGGGAGUUAUCGACUCGGAGAAGCAUGAGGCGAAGGAGAGCAGCAACGCAACAUCGUGAAUCUAAUCUCAAACAUAUACGAGCUGUGGUGUUGGGCCAAGAUGGUGUUGGAAAAUCAGCGCUCACCGUCCGAUUCCUGACAAGACGAUUUAUAGGAGAAUACGACAGCACAUUAGAGACAACUCAAAGUCAUUAUUUAACCGUAGAAGGUCAAUUUGUUUGCUUGGAUAUCUUGGAUACGGCAGGAAAGAAUACAAAAGAAAAGAUCGAAGCAUGUAUAUCAAACGCGAGCCUUAUAUUCCUCCUCUACUCCACAACAAGUAGAGAUUCCUUCAACGAGGCAAACUGGAUAUCAAAAGCACUCCAAGACAGUAGAAACUUGCUACCAAAUGCAGCCAUUGUGACAGUUGCAACGAAAAGUGACUUAAAACAAUCUCGUGAGGUUCACGAGUACGAGGGACUAUUUCUAGCCCAAGACUUGGAAUCUAGUUUCUUUCAAAUUUCUAUAUCAGAAGGAUUCCAAGAAACACAAGAAGUUUUGACAGAAGGGAUACGGAUGUGUUUUAACAAAGACUCUGAUCGUGGACGGAGUUCGACUCUAUCGAGAGUAAAAGAAGGGUUGAGAGGGACAGCGAAGUCUUUGAGAAAAAAGACGCCCACUGAAGGUGUCUACGAAUCGCGAGGAAAUGCGGGAUAUCCAUUGCCUUCUGCGCAUGCUUAUAAGCAGUGGCUGUCAACCAGAACAAUUAUGAGAAGACGGCGCUCAAGUAUCCAACACAACCCAGGGCAUCACCAACAUAGCCUGAAAAGUAUCCAUGCAGUCGUUCUUGGUAAAGACGGUGUCGGGAAAUCUGCUCUAACAGUUCGCUUAAUAACAAGACGAUUCAUUGGAGAGUAUGACGUAGCAUUAGAGGCUACUUAUCGUCACCAUAUUGCUAUUGACGGUCAGUUUGUGUCUAUUGACAUUAUGGACACUGCAGGAAAGAAUUCUCGCGACAAAAUGGACACGUGUCUCGCGUUCGGUGAAAUAUUUUUCAUCGUGUACUCAACUACAGACAGGACUUCGUUCGACGAGGCUCGUUUAAUUGUAAAGUACAUACAACAGGACAAAACAGUCCAGCCAUCACCAUUCAUUGUAAUUAUAGCGACUAAAAAAGACUUAAAACAUCUACAACAAGUCGACGAGGAAGAAGGGCGCUACCUCGCGCAGGACUGCGAAGGACUUUUUUUUCAAGUCUCGAUAUCAGAGGGUUACCAGGAAGUCCAGGACAUGUUUGAGGAGACUUUAAGAACUUGUUUUAAUAAAGAGAAAAAUAAAUCAACUCUUUCGCGAAUGAAAGAAGGGAUCAUGAACGUAAAGACUAAAUCUUUAAGGAAAAAGUCGAUUGUUGAAGCGAUGUCUACGGAACAUAUACGACCGACUACCUUAGGACAGACUACAUCGCCUGUUACCACAGCAACGUGACAUCUCCAGGAAAUACCAUCGCUUUUCCAGGAAGAGAAUUCGUUUGUCUAGAAGUGUUACCCAGUAAUAGACUGCUAAAGCUUUUAUGCAUGAUUUGCAAUGCAUUGUGGGAUUAGUUUUUAGAUUAAACAAUAGAAAUCAGCCAUGAUUUUUUGUCACAUUCAUGUCCUACAAUGCAUUGCGUACAUGUUAUAUGACGUGAAAGCUUCAGAGUAGGUCUAUGGAAUACUUACAAAAUAUAUGUACAUACAAACUAUUUUGAUACGAGUUUAAUUCUAAGAUUAAAGUCACAAAAGAUAUAAAAUUGA